AUGGCAUCCGAUACACACCCCCACAUCCCCGCAAACCCCUCCACUUCGGACAAAGAAAGCGACAAUGACAACACGAGUACAGCCACCGCAAAGCCAGAACCCCAAUCGACAGACCCGAGUCCCAGAACAAGUACAACGCUCUCAGCCCAGCUAAUUCAAGAAUGUAAAGACCUACUCGCCCAGAUCGACACCUACCAAUCCCUCCUCGCGUCCACACUGCGAAACCCACAGCUCGUCGAGGUGCGCCAAUUCCGCUCCAGCGUGCUCUCCGAGUUGAGGAUGCUGGAAAAGCUAGGACGGCAGAUUGAGGAGGCGAUUGGAGGGACAGAUGUAGGAUCGGAAACAAGUCGAACGGACGAUGGGACGGGACAAACAGUUCCAGGUGAUCCUGAUCUGGAAAUGCGAUUGGUGCAUGCGCUACGCUCGUCAAAUUUGCCGUUCUAUCAGGCUGUCUGGAGAAUUGCGAGUGGGUCUUGUUCUGGGUUGGUUGCGCUUGGCAGGAGGUUUUACUGGGAUGGGGAGACGAAAGCGAUGGAGAGGAAGAGUGCGAGUGGGAAGGGGAAGGGUGGUGCGCAGCCGGAGAAGCAGCCCAACAAAGAUAAACGCAAGAGCGUGUUUGUCGAUAUCGUGGCUGAUGAUGGGGAGGAGUGGGUGAAGGUAUCUACUAUCUCUGAGAAUCGGCUUUUAUUUGAGAUGGCGAAGAAGGGAUGGGAGGCUGAUAGUGAUGAGGACGAGUGGUCUGAUGAUGGGGGUAAAGGGCGGACUAUUUUACAGAAUUUUGAUGAAGAUGAUGAUGGGGAGGACGAUGAUGAGUUGGAGCUCAUUAAACUGGCUCGGGAUCUAAAGAAGGCGUCUGAUGCUACGCGCGUUAGAUAUAGACAUCCUCGGCUACGGGUUGUGAUACCUAAGAUUGAAGAGGGAAGUGUUCCUGAAAUUGACGCUGUCUUGAACGAGAUGCGGAGCUAUGGUAUUCAUGUUGACUGCCAGGGGAGUCUGCCAGCAGAAACUCCCACGGGGCUAACCCAUCUCUUGCCUCAACCGUUCAAAAACUUCACCUCGACUCUGAACGUCGACUGCACUUUACUCCUUGCCUUGGUGUCUGACUUGUCUCACAUCAAGGACAUCCCACUGUCGCCCCAUUUCCAUAGAGCCAUCGUUCGACAAAUCGAAGUUGAGCGGGAAAAACCCCUACUCACCUCCGAGCUCUGGCCGGCUAUGGAUGGUCGUGAGCUCGUAUCCACCACAGAGGCUGCAGUGCGCUUCCAGGAAAUUGUCGAAACUAUUGGAACGGAGACUGAGAAGAGCCGCACUCGCAUGUUGCUGGGAGAUCCGCCAUACGAAGAACUCGAUCGUGAGGGUAUUCUCCAAAAGUUUCAAGAACUCUCUGAUUAUGAGGUACCCGCUGAUUGGAAAAUCCCCAUCAAAGUGGUUGAUGCCCAGCAAGUGAUUGAUGCGGCCAAGGCACAGGGUAAACUUCAACCAGUGGUACAUGAAGUUGAGAAAGGGCUAUCAGAUAUCAACCAUAGCGUGUUUUUGUACGGUUGGGCCACCGGUCUGACGACCAUUUCCAGCAAUCGCACAAUCGACAAGCAAAUCGAGGCCACCGUCGAGGACAACAGGAAAGACGACGAUGGCCUACAAGGCCCUGACGUUUGGAUCUGUGACACAGCACGAAGUCUGGUGGGUAAAGACAAAGAUCGGAAAGCAUAA